AUGGUUGCCUUCUCCCGUAUCGUUGCUGGCCUCUCGGUCAUCGCGGCCUCGCUCGCUGCCCCUACGGAUCCUGCUGAGAAAAAAGUUGAAACGCGUGACGCAUAUAACUUUUUCCUCGGCCCUGACCAUCCUCUCUCUCGCCGCAGCGUCACCCGUCGAUCUAACACGAAUUACAACCAGGAUUAUACCACCGGCGGAACAGUGAAUUUCACACCAGCGACUAAUGGAUUCUCGCUCAAUUGGAAUACCCAACAGGAUUUCGUCGUUGGUGUUGGUUGGAAUCCUGGCAGCAAUCUUCCCAUUACUCACUCAGGCACGUUCAACGUUGCUAGUGGACUCGGUAGUCUUGGAGUCUACGGAUGGACCACGAACCCACUUGUCGAGUACUACAUCAUGGAUACCAAUGUCGGAAUCUCUACAGGCGGCUCACAGAAGGGUACAGUCAGCAGUGAUGGAGGCACCUAUGCUAUUUGGGAGAACACACGCGUCAACGAGCCUUCCAUCAUAGGCACGGCGACCUUCAACCAGUAUAUCUCUAUCCGAAAUGGGGCGCGCACCAAUGGCACCAUCACUGUCCAGAACCACUUUGAUGCGUGGGCGGCAGCUGGUUUGCAUCUCGGCACAAUGAACUACCAGGUUAUCGCCGUUGAGAGCUGGAGCGGCAGCGGAUCCGCGCAGCAGUCUGUGUCUAAC